CCCAGCAGCACCUUUAAUAACGCCUGAACUACAGCAGCCACAGUAAGAGCACAGAACGCCGCACAGCGGCCGCUACUUAACCGGAGACAAGCUGCUGCCCAAAGAGAAGGAAGCGAAGCCAAAGCACAGCGCAAACGAGCGGACACGAAACAAGAAACACAAGAAGAGAGGACUGCAGAAAAGAGAAAGCAACAGGAUCACUUACCGGCAAACACUGCCUGCUGUCCCUCCACACACACGCGCGCGCACACACACACCGUCGUGUUGUGGGAUCAAUGAGCGUAAAAGAGAAAGAGCGGUGCGUAAAGUUGAGUUGAGCCGCACGUCCCCGCAUCCUCAGUGAACGUUCUCGGAGGAUCAGCGUGUCCCGGCUCCAGCGUGGAUCUUUAGAGCCCACCAUAGUGUCUUUGUCUGUGGAUGAGCGACGCUUGUUGGAUCGUAAGCUUUCCAUCGGAGCGCUGCUGGGAGACGCUGUGAACGUGCCACAGUCGUGUCAUAGAUAUGGAUUUGCUUUUGCUAUAGCCAAAAUUUGCCGCGGUUUUUUAAAAUAUUCAUUUUUCAUUUUUUGACUGUGCGCGUGCUUUUGUUUUGUUUUGUUUUGUUUUUUUUUAUUGUUAGUCAGAUUUUAUUUUCUUGAACGACCGCAGAGAUUUCAAGACUCCAGACGGAAUUACAACCAUGAACUUUGUUGUUAGUUUGGUACAAAUCCUUUUGGCAGCGGUUCUUCACCUAUCCACUGUAAAGUCUGCCAGCAUCAACAAGGGACUGGACAAGAGUAAAAAUGAGGUCAUUCCCCUCACCGAAGUCCUCACCAAGAGUAUGUGUCAGCCCAGGGAGUUGCUGGUGGACAUCUUCCACGAGUAUCCGGAGGACACAGAACACACCUACAUCCCUUCCUGCGUGGUCCUCAACCGCUGUGGAGGCUGCUGCAAUGACGAAGCAAUGGAGUGUGUACCCACAGAAAGCCGCAACAUCACAUUGCAGGUAAUGCGGUUCAGACCACAUGUAACGCAACAUACUAUUCACCUAAGUUUCACAGAACAUCAAAAAUGUGAAUGCAGACUAAAGCCAGACGUUCAAGUAAAGAAAGAAUACCACUGUGCGCCUUGCUCAGAGAGAAGAAAGCGCUUGUUUGUGCAGGACCCUCUCACCUGUAAAUGUUCCUGCAAAUUCACACAAUUAGACUGCAAGUCCAGGCAACUUGAGUUAAACGAAAGAACUUGCAGAUGUGACAAACCGAGGAGAUGAGACCACCAACACUGUUAUGAAGGAAUUAUUUUCUUGGCACAGCACUUUGAAACCUGAGGAUGCAUUCCCAAGGACAUGAAAUGACAAGGCAAGACAGAACAUUCUGGAUGCAAAUCUUGCCACAGUCAGCGUAAAGAUAUUAAUAUAUAUGUACAUAUACUAUAAGUACAUUGACAAUGUGUAUUGCUGCUACACUUAAAAGACACUAUUUAAAGCAAAACGAAUACGCCACUGGCGUGUGAAUGGGAAAUAUUUCAGUGGCGUUCUGCUUAUAGAACAGAUAGAAGAAAUUGUUUUAUGUAACACUUCACUGGAUGCUGGUCUGCUGUGGAUAUGAAUAUCUUAAAUAUUUCUUCGUGAGAAAUACUGGUGACCACAACUUCAAAGAGCAGUAGAGCAGAAGACAAACUUGCCUCAGAGACAGAAGAGUCUGAGAGGGGACGGAGACGGGACGAGGAGACAGAGGAACGCUUGUUGGACGUAACUGAACAGCAGGCCAAGAACUGUUUCCCUCUGUGACAUGAUGUGAAGUUUUGUCUCCACUGUACUGACUGACUCCAACUGGUGUGAUAAGUGGACUGAGGAUACAGGUUAUGUACCAUGGUGACAGAUAAUGUGAAGAUGACCUUCUUCCCUCAUGGAGGGGUUACGUGACGAUAGCAAGAACUGGACUAAUGGGUUAGCUAAAUGUUUUGGCAAGUAAAAAUGUUAGCAUUAGGUUAGGGUUAGGUUUAGGCCUAAGUGUUGACAAGUAAACAGCAUUUAAUGUUAGAGUUCAGGGUAGGACAAGACUUAGGGAGUGGAAGUUUCCAUCAGGGUUAAAGGUAACAAACCACUACCUGUUUCUGGUCCUGUGUCCUUCAUGCAACCCUUCCCUGGUGGGAAAACACAUUUGUCUUUCUUUUUGUGCACAGAGUUUAUUAUUUACAUUUGAGGUAUUGUUUUCCUUCCACAAAAUGUCUUGAGACCAGGCUGUCUAAAGGGAUAUUACUGUAGGUAUAUACGGAGAACUAAGAAGUAACUAAAUGAGCUGAUCCCAGAUCAGAUCAGCACCUCACUGUAGAGAUCCAUAACCUUCCUUUUUUAAUGGCUUUGUGUGUCCCAAAGAAAUCCACAACAGAGCAGUUCAUCAUAAACGAUCUGUAUAUACUUACUUAAUAUCCCUUUGUCUAGUACACUACAUCUUAUUUAUAGAAUAUGUUCAGUAUUCUGUAUUCUGAUAUUUAUAUGCAGUGUUAGGGUUAUUUUUGUUUGUACUCCUCAACUGUUUUCAAUCUGUCCAGAGAUUGAACGGAGAACACAUAUGACUGUAGACUCCUUUCUCAUGAGAAAAAGGACUGAAAGACAAAAGCUUUGACAUUCCUGUUUAAACUAUAGCUGUGUUUCUCACCAGCUUGAGGGGGAUCAUGGUGGGCCUGUUGACCGAUAGAAACCCCAGCCAUCAACAUGUGCGUGCAUGAUGCGCCAACACAGGUGUUUUUCAUUUUGGACUGUGGUGAUGGACAUGUGGUUUUGCACUUGUGGGCCGGAAGACACAUCAUAUGGAGGACUGAAGGAGUCUCAUUGCUGCUGCUCAGCUCGGACCUAAUUUAGUGAAGACUGUCCAAUCAGACUGGGGCCUCUAGUCUGGGGGUGGUAAACUGGCACAGUGUUUUCUCAGACUUUAACCAAGGCGCUAACAUAAAGUCCUCACUCCCUAAUCAUGCCCUUGAGAUAAUAGUCAUUUGUGCUCUGAAAAAGAAUACAUCGUGUGCUCAACUGAGUCUUUUCUAGCCUUAAAUUCCAUAAGAAAAAUCAGAAACAAUGCUGGAAAAUGCCUUAAAUUCAUGUCAAAAGAAUAAUGCUAAUAUUUAAUAAUAGCUAAAACCUCAAAUACAAUUCAGACAGAAAACACAGAUUGUCUACUGUUUAUUCCACACAGCAGCAUGGAGUGCUGCAACAAUGGCCAACACAAACUGUGAUGCUACAUGACUCAGUGAUAUUAAUUUAAGGGAAGUAAAAUAAGGGCACAUCUACACUAAAACACUCCCCCCUACCCUGACUGUACCAGCCAUGCUUACAGCAACAGUAACAAUGACACUUUUACUUGAAGGAAUGAAUGACUAAUUUACACAAAUUAUUCAUUCAAAGGUGUAAACUACUAACUGUACUACCUGUGAGGCUCUGUACAAUGUUAUCAGGAAUGCCGAUCAGUGAUUCUGACUCUAGAUCGGAGUCUUUUUUUUCCCCAAACAGUGACACAUUUCUUCUCAUGAAUGCUACCUGUGUUCCCGUUAGCACCGACUGUAUCACUGCUAUUCACGUGAGCUGCCACCCUCAAACUCGAGGCCUGAGUGUGUUCACUGAGAAGGGCUGCUGGCUCUUCAGUCCUCUGAUGAUGACAACAUUCUAUUUGUAUUUAAAUGACAGACUUUUCUUGAGUUUGUACAGCCACACAUUUUUAGUAUAUUUUCACAUUAAUAUAUUUAUUGGUGCUGUAAAAUGUGUUAUGAUAUUAAUACUCUUUUUUGUUGUUGUUUUUAGUCUUU